AUGACCAUAGGAGGCGAUGUCGAGCUUCCUCUUCGUGAUGAUCCUUCGUCAAUGCCCGUGCACUGUGCAACUACCACUAUACCAUUACUACUAUCACCAUCACGACACUUAACCCCACAACAACAGCACGCAGACCUCGCACGUUGCGUACCGAUGGCGAACGCGCACCCUCACUCACCCCGUUCUCGUCCGCGGCUCUGCUUCUGUGUUACAGAGGUCCUGCCCUCCUCCACCUCCGUAGACCUGUCGGGCACGGAUUCGGCCCUGUACCCGUUCGACCCACAGCAGGAGAACUACCAGGAGAUCUGGUUGCCGCCGACCAGUAUGUACCCCUAUUUUCUGUUCCCCGGGACCGCGCGCACCCCGCCGUACUACGACCCCGACAGCACGUACGACAUACGAGAGCCCGGCGACCGCUACCAACACCAUCACCGUCACGGCGAUCGACAUCAUCACCAGGAAGCGCCGGAGCUGCCCGGCAGGCCAGCCGUCCUCGUUGUCGAGGCGUACGAUCCUCGGACCGAUUCGGACCGGUAUACUGAAGUGAAGGUCAUCGCUCAUCCGGACAAUUCCACCAGCUUCGAGGUGAUUGAAUCGCAGUUGGAAAAUCCACUGAUCGAUGCCAAACAUCGGGAUCUGUUCAACAUGAAGCAGAUCCCCCUCCCGGUUGGUCAUCAUCAUCGCACUCAUCACAAGAGGAACCAGACAGAUGAUUUCGAACAAGCGGGUAUGGAGCCACCGUCCUCUACGUCAGACAUCGAUAAGAUACAACAGCCGGUGAAACUGAUCUUAUCCAGCACGUGCCAUCAUGCUUACACGUCCUGCAAAAACGAUCCGGAAUGCAAGAAUCUGCUGGAACCCGUUCUGAACCACUGCGACUCAACGACGUGCGCGAGGAACGAGUGCAUGGAAGCGUUGCAGCAUUUCUACAAGACCGCCAAUCACAAGCAUUCCGUGGAAAUUGCCUUCUGCCUUUGCAGGAAAACGGACAACAAAAAGGACGAGUGUAUAGUGGCGCAAGAGAAAAUGCACCCAACUUGCGCGCAACGCAUAGACGGCGCCGAAAUGCCAACGUGUCACAGUCUAGCCGAGACUUGCAAAGAGAACAGGAGUUGUAGACUUAGACUAGAGUAUUAUGAACAGAGUUGCGCGGUCGACAGCAUGACGAAGAAAUGCGCCGGACCAACCUCCGAGUGCAGAAAAGCGAUGCUGGGCAUUCUGGGUACUGAACUUCAUACUAAUUGCGCUUGUAAGGGCACCGAGCUUAACCAGCUAUACGGCUGUCUGGGUUGGCAGCGGCUUCUCUGGGUGAAUCCUUGCGUAGUGGAGUCGCAGAAGGACUACCACGCGCGUAGAAAGCACCAUCAUUCGCGAACGACAACAGCGAAGACAACGACGGCGGCCGUCGCAUUAACGACGAGAUCACCGGCGAGCACGACGGCGACCACCGCAGUCGAACAAGUGGAAGAUAAUCAAAUACCGGAAGUGACGAGGUGGCCGACCACCGAACCCACGGAAACUUGGGAAAUCACAACCACCACUAUAAGCACCACUCCGAGCACCACCACAACCACCACGCCGACACCACGCUUCUGCGUGGUUCAAAGGUCGAAUACACACAGUCAGCAAUACAUAAGGGAAGGCAAGGGCAAAAGGCUUUAUCGUGAAGACGAGCCCGAAUGCUCAGAACUGUGUGUCUGUGCUGAAGGUGAACAACUCGUUUGCAACACCUUGUGCGUCGAAACGUUACCCUGUAAGACGGAUUUCGCUUUCUACAAUCAUGAAGCGCCAGCCUACCAAGCGCAUCGAGGUCCUUGCCUUUGUUAUAGCGGCGGCUUUAUAUGCAUGCGGCCUUCGCCCGACACAUAUAGUAUACCGCACGGGGUUUUCAUGUUCCUGGGAUACAGCGAGAAGGACGAGACCUUAUUGAAGCAGUACAACAAUGUGACCGUGCUGGACGCGGUGUCAUCUCUCGAUAAUUUCAUGAGAAAGGAAGUCAAUAAUCAGACAGUAUGCACACUCUUCUUGUACAAUGCGACCCGAGAAAACGUGAUUGCAGUGGCACGACUCGGGACCGACAAUCCACCCUUAAAUAGCAGCCAGGCUCAAAGUCUGCAACACCUGCUACGCGUCAAGGAGGAGUGCGCAUCGAUGAUGCAAGAUCUCAGCGACAAGAUCAACAAUAAGCAUCACGAGGUACGCACGCAUCCGCUACUCUCGAUCUUCAAAAUGGCCGAGGUUGAGGUGAAGAUGCCGUACAGCAACGAAGCGGCGAUCUCCAGGUCGUCAUCGGUGCUCCUUGUUGUUCUGUUUGCAAUCAGCUUCUUUGGGUCGACUUGCCUCUUUGGUUCGUGA